AUGGCUUCGAAAGCCAUCACUAGCAGAAGUGCCAGAGUUCCCUCGGAUGCGGAAUACACCUACUCCAAUCUUUUCAAUAGCUUCUCAGCUAGCCUUACUAAACCCGAGCUGAAAGAUCUACUUAACGACCCCAACGUCGAUUUCAUCAAAAAAGUCUCCACCAUGCAUGGAGCAUCUACCCAGAAAAACGUACCCUGGGGUCUAGCUCGUAUUUCCAACAAACCACCAGGCAAGGAUCAUACAACUUACACCUAUGACGAAAGUGCCGGUGAAGGCACAUGCACUUAUGUUCUUGACACAGGCAUUGAAGUCGACCACCCUGGGAAACAGGAAUUCGAGGGCCGCGCCAGAUUCGUGCAGAACUUUGUUGAUAACGCUGACUUAGAUGCUAAUGGUCAUGGGACUCAAUUUGUCGCAAAGAAGACGCAGCUCUUCGCUGUCAAGGUCCUAAAUGCGUAUACAGCGGGUCAGACAUCGGGAAUUCUCGCUGGCAUGGAUUUCAUCGUUGAAGAUGCUGCUACCCGAAAGUGUCCCAAAGGCAUUGUGGUCAACAUGUCUCUUAGUGUUGCUUCUUCACCUGCUAUAAACGCAGCUGUUAGAUAUAUCGUUAAACCGGGUUGUUUUCUCGCUUCAGCAGCUGGCAACGACGGCACCGACGCGUCUCACGUUUCGCCAAGCAAUGAACCUAUGGCCUGUACUAGCACCUGGAUCAAGGGAAGUGUCAAACUCGAGUCAGGCACAUCAAUGGCAACAGCACACGUCACUGGCCUGGCGGCUUAUCUGUUGGGCCUCAAGGACAUCAAGGCAUCAGAAUUAUGCAACCUUAUUGCAACCAUGUCUCUGGAAGACGUCAUCAAGGGUAUUCCUGAAAACACGGUCAACCUGUUAAUCCAGAACAGCGAAGCGAAGUAA